AUGGCGACGAAGCCCGUGCAGCGCUGGUGCUCGGACAAAUAGACCACGGCUUUGUGUGGUUUGACGGCCGGCAGAUGUGGCAGGUUGUCUCUGCUAUUGCGUUGGUGGUCGGGGUCAGUGUAGGUGGAUUCAUUUUGUCGUUGAACACUCCCACGGUCGGAUUGGGCUGCCGAACGGGGGGAUACCUUAUCUACGUCGUCAUCGCCCUAGCGUUGCAUCUUGCGGAGCUACUUGUGUGGUGGUUCACGUCGCCGUUGAGGGAUGAGGAUGAAUUUCGCGCUCAUAUUCGGAAGCACACGCAGCAUGCACCUGAUCAAGUGGCUGGAGAGACUAAGGUUAUCGGGUUGCCCGGCCUUUUGACAUCGAAUGCGGUACUUCGGAAGUUCUCUCAAAAGCUCACGGAGAUUCUUGUCUGCUCAAUACUAUUCUUGAUUCGCUUGCUCCCCCUCAAGCAUAAGAGAUCUAUUAUUGAAAACACAGAGUACUCUAUCAGGCAAUACUGCAGUGCACUGCAAGAUCUAACAACGAGAGACUGGUUAGAACGAAUCUUCUUCACUCCAGUCGAGUUCACAAAUACGGUCUGGUUAUCCUACAUGAUAAUGGCACAGACGGCCGGGGCAUUCAACAACUGCGCUUGCAUGACUUCUACAUGGGGCGGUUGGGGAGGGUAUAUGGAUUUCACACAGUCUGAUCAUGCGGAUAGCCCGCUGGUUGCGAAAUAUUGGUUGCAAGGUACCAUCAUAACCUGUGUCUUCAUGGGUGUGGGGAUGGGCUACAUUGUGCUUGAGUGGUUGUUGCAAGCUCACUUGAGCACCGAAAACUAUAGAGACGCCGCCAAUGGACUCCAAAGAGUACGGAGGUUUCGAAGAGGUACUCAUUGGAUAUUGUAUCCUUCAACGUUGAUGGUAACUGUCAUGAAUAACUUUCUGAGUGCAUGUAGAUUGCGUUCAAAUGGUGAGCGUAAAAUUCUUGUGUGGUCGAAAGAGAGCAAUUAUAGACCUCGAGUUGGGGCUGGCAUUAUUGGGCUUUCUACAAAUGCAUGA